AUGCGACCCAGUAUAUAUGGACGGUGAUCGCCCAUAAACAUACUAUUUCAAAUCAAUCGAAAUAAAAAAAAAAAAAAACACUCACUAAGGAUUUCUAUAAUAUAAUCCGUUUAAUCGUACGUAGUAAAACAAAAAAAAAACCGAUCGAUUCUCGACAAACGAAUCUGUCGGAACCCGACUCCGCGUGCGUAGGCUCGUAAAAUAUACACCGCGGGAUAGUGAAUAUAAUUAUCGGAUAAUAACAUGUUAAUUUAAUACGCCCCACCGUGCAAAACGACACUAUCAAACGAAACGCUGCUGUGCGGCAAUUCAAAUUAUUUCCAUGUGGGUUUCCGUCGGUAGGUAACGUGAUAAUAUUAUUGUAAUUCGUCAGACUCGGUGCAAGUAAACAGCUACAGUAACGGUGUUCUUCUCGACCGCCAUGGCGUUGGGUGUUGCCGACUACGUCGUAUUCGGAAUUAUGUUGAUCAUGUCCGCCUCGAUCGGUGUGUACUACCGAUUUACAGGCGGCAAACAAAAGACUACACAGGAAUACAUGUUGGGCGAUAAGAACCAGAGUGUUUUACCGGUGGCAUUUUCUCUGAUGGCCAGUUUCAUAACGGCGAUCUCGAUGUUCGGUUUGAGCUCGGAAAUGUAUACUCGUGGUACCCAGUUUUCCGUCAUAAUUGUCGCCUAUAUUAUCGCCACUCCCAUCAUUGGUUACGUAUAUCUGCCGGUUUUCUUCAAACUCGGCAACUUGUCUCUGUACGAGUACUUAGAACUGCGAUUUGGACGUUUAACACGAGUGACUACGUCGUUAGCGUUCAGUAUUCAAAUGCUAUUUUACAUGGCAAUCGUAUUGUAUGUCCCAGCACUGACUUUAGAAGCUGUGACCGGAUUACCUCAGUCUGCUUCCAUUGUACUUGUGGGGUUGGUGUGUGUGUUCUAUUCUACGAUGGGUGGAAUAAAAGCAGUGAUCAUAACGGAUUUAUUACAAGCCCUUCUCAUGUACGCAUCGGUAAUUGCGGUUGUUGGGGUAGCUUGGUACGAAACUGGCGGUUUGUCUGAAAUUUUGGAAAUUUCCAACAGAUAUGGUCGUAUUAAUUUUGGAAAUUUUAAUAUCGACCCGACAGUAAGGCACAGUUGGUUUAGUAUACUAAUCGGAGGGUGUUUCACUCAAAUUUCUUUGUAUGCUGUAAAUCAAACACAAAUACAGAGGUUUUUAACCAUGAAAGACUAUAAGACUGCCGUUACCGCACUGUGGUGUAGCUUACCACUAGUGUUGGUAAUAUCACUCAUAACAAGUUUGUCUGGUCUAGCGAUGUUUUCAAAAUAUUAUAACUGCGAUCCUAUAAAGUCUGGUCGUAUAUCAAGCAGUGAUCAAUUGAUGCCGUUAUACGUGCUGGACACUAUGGGAUCUAUACCUGGCUUAACCGGAUUAUUCAUAGCCGGAAUUUUUUCAUCGGCAAUGAGCUCUGUAUCGCCAAUCCUCAAUUCAUUGGCAGCAAUUACGAUGGAAGAUUACAUAAAGCCAUUUAAAAAACAAGAAAUAUCGGAUAAAAAACGAGUUUAUCUCAUGAAAAUUUUAGUCCUCGUGUACGGUAGUGUUUGCAUUAUAUUAUCGUUUCUGGCAAAAUAUAUGGGCUCGGUGCUUCAAACUGCGUUGACCAUAUUCGGAGUAAUCGGCGGACCCGUGUUGGCCGUGUUUACAUUGGGUAUACUCUUACCCUACAUCAACCAAAAAGGUGCACUGACCGGCUUAAUAGUUGGCCUGAUUUUUUCGUUUAUCAUUGGAUUUGGUGGGCCUAAACCUCCAGUUGAAAAUCUACCAUCAUACACAAAUUCAUGUACAAUAUUUAAUAACUCUGCAAGUUCUACACAGCUUCCAUCAUCUUAUUAUAAAGGAGCACUUCACGAAGACGGCUAUGUAUAUCUGUAUCGAAUCAGUUACCUGUACUACAUUGUGUUGGGAUUUUUGGUAACAUUUGUGGUGGCAAUGAUAGUGAGCGCAAUAUUCCGUGGGAAAAAACGUGACCACAAUCCGGAUCUAUUCACCCCCUGUGUGGCAAACAGAUUGAAAAGACGUGACAAAGGUUAUGAACAAAGCUAAUAUAAUAUGCAAUCGUAUACAUGUCCGGAAAUGUGUUUUAUUACGUCAGACCUUAUGCUAUCGAAGUUCAAAGUUAAAUUUCAAGCAAGAACCAUGCCUUACUUGCUCAUUCAUAUAAUUUAAGUGUGUUGAUCAUGGUGUAAUAUAUUAUUAUAAUGAAUAAAUAGUUGUAAGUUAUUUUUAUUA